AUGGCUUCUAAGAUCAGGGACAUCAAACUUAUGUUGAAUGAGAUAAAUCAAGAAGCCAAUGGAUUGGGACUGGUUAGUAGGUUAGUGAUGGCAGCUGCCCUCCCUGCUGCUGUCGGAGACACAAGAAGUCGGCAGACCGACUCUGUUGUUGCUCCAAUGAUUGAAAGAGACAAUGACAAAUCAAAGAUAGUGGAGAUGUUGUUGAGCCCAUCUAAGAAGGUUGUUUCUAUUCUUCCCAUAACUGGUAUGGGAGGUUUAGGCAAAACAACUUUGGCUAAAUCGAUAUACAACGACAAGCAAAUUAAUGCGCACUUUAAGAAAAAGAUUUGGGAUGAUAGUCAGGCAUUGUGGGAUGACCUUUUCACCACCUUGAAGGGGCUCAAUCCAACCGAUGGAAGCUGGUGUCUUGUCACUACGCGUCUUAAUCAAGUGGCAGAUACUGUGUCGAAAGUUCUGAGGAUGGAUGAUGAAUGCUAUUCCUUAGGAAAACUACCUGAUGAUCAUUGUUGGUCUAUCCUAAAAGAAAAAGUAGUUGUAGGGGAAGAAGAUCCUGAUGAACUAAAAGCAAUUAAAGAGAGAGUAAUUAAAAGAUGUGAUGGUCUACCACUAGCUGCAAGUAUAAUCGGAGGUCUGUUUUGUUUAAAGGGAAAAGAGGAAUGGCAACCAAUUCUAGAGAAUAAGCUUUUGAGUUUGAGUGCAGAUGGAGAGUGUGUGAUGCAAAUACUUAAGUUGAGUUUUGAUUAUUUACCAUCUCCAUACAUUAAGAAAUGUUUUGCAUAUUGUUCUAUAUUUUCUAAGGAUAGUGAGAUAGAAAGGAAUAUGCUUAUCGAACUUUGGAUGGCAGAAGGUUUCCUCCAAGCAGAUAUCAAUAGCCAAAUGAUGAUGGAGGAAUUGGAAUGA